AGACAAUUGUCAACAAUUGACUUACGUUCAUAUUCUAUAGGAUGGCUGGGUAAUAUGCUGACCUUGUAGUCUUGCAAUGCUUGUUUUAUGCAAGCUCUUGGACGACAGGAAUAGCCGAAUGCGAUAAAAAGACUCAGCCAGGAUGUACUUUAAUAUGAAUAAUCUGCAUCACUAGUUUGACACAUCUUUUAUGAACGCUUAUUUCGAUAGUUAGACAAUUAAUGUCGGAUUAAAUAAAUAGUCAGUGCUGUUGUCAUAACCCUGGUUAUGAGUGAGCUACCUAGUACUAAAUCGCAAAACAAUGGUCUCUUCUCUACAUUGUGUUGUUUUUCUGGUCAAAGAUAUUGGCCACUAUGUUGUUAUUGUGUUUCUGGUCAAAGAUUUUGGCCCCGAUGUUGUUAUUGUGUUUCUGGUCAAAGAUAUUGGCCACGAUGUUGUUACUUUGUUUCUGGUGAACAGUCUGGGCCACUAUGUUGUUAUUGUGUUUCUUGUCACAUAUAUUGUUCAGUACAUUGUGUAUUGGGUUUCUGGUCAAAGAAAAUGCUCACCAUAUCCUGUUAUUGUGUUCGUCACAGGUCUUCAACAUGCAGGGUUUGCUGGUAGAGGCGCUUGCUCUGCGGCAGUUGGGAAGACUCAACCCGCGGCAACUUCUCACACCCGGAUACGGAUUCAAACAGACAACCUGGUGCCCAAGGAUCAUGUACACACGCCAGCUUUGGGGAUCGUCCGUUUGUUUCACGUUAGGCUCUCACAGGCCAGUUGUCCGUGGCAGAGACUCCGUGCGAAACUGGUCAUUGCACCAGUUGAGGUUCAAAAGCAACAAAAAGAAAGGCUUAGCAAAGGUUCUGGAGGAGGAGGAGGAGGAGCGGGACACGGAGGACACUGACUCUGAGGAUGAGAUUGAAGAAGACCCAAACCUGCCUAAGGACUAUAAGGAUUUAGAAAAGUUUGUACAGUCUUAUCGCUACGAUGUUAUCCUGAAGUCUGGAUUGGAUAUGGCUCGCAAUAAAAUUGAAGAUGCUUUCUACAACAACAAGCUUCGACUGAAUGGGCAGAAGCUCAUCAAGAAAAGUAAAUCGGUGAAAGUUGGAGACACUCUGGACAUGGUAGUGUCUGAAAGCGGUGAAGGAAACACUGUUACUCUGAUGAGAGUAAUCCUUAAGAAGGAAUUGGGUGAAUCCAACGAUGGAGAGAAGUACAAAGUGGCCCUGAGACGCUGGAAGAGUUUAGAGCUUUCCAAGGAUGAAGCCUUCAAGCCAUGAUUUUCCCAAGAAUGACGUUACUGAUAAAUGGCCUCAAAGCAUUCAAUCCAAGCAAAAGUGAAAGAAGUUAUAAAGUGCAUGUUGAAACUC